UUGGGGCGUGCUUUUAGUGUACACACACACACACACGGCAGAGAAAAAGAACCUUGGGCGUGCUUUUAGUGUACACACACCACAAAGUUCUGGCCGCGGGAGUUCAGAAGAGGGUUGUAACUCGCGAAACGCAGCGCUUGGCGCGUAGCGGCGGACUCUGCCCCGGAAGUAAUCUUCUGCGGCGAGGUCACCGGCGGGGGCUGCUACGGGUGCCGCGGGGGGCCGAACGCGCAUCCUCCGUCUCAUUUGGCCGCGAGGUGCGGCUGCGACUCCUGCAGUAGAACUGCACCUCCUGAGCCUCGUUUCCUCGGACCCGUGCUUUCUCCUUUCCUCCCCCUUCCUAAAGGAGUCCGCAUCCCUUCGCCGCACGCCUGGGAGUAGCGUGAAGUUCUUGCCUGUGGACUGUAAAGCUCAACUAGUUUGAAAAUGGAACAAGAAACAGCAGGUUCUUCUCGAAAUACCGAACAGUCUAUUAUCUCAGAGGAGUUGAUUGCAGAAGGAAAAUGGGUCAAACUUGAAAAAACAACUUACAGAGAUCCUACUGGUAAAACAAGAACAUGGGAGACCGUGAAGCGGACAACCAGGAAAGGCCAGUCGGCUGACGGUGUGGCAAUCAUCCCUGUGUUGCAGAGAACCCUUCACUACGAAUGCAUCAUUCUGGUGAAGCAGUUCCGACCCCCAAUGGGGGGCUACUGCCUAGAAUUCCCCGCGGGUCUCAUCGAUGACAACGAAAGCCCGGAAGCAGCUGCUCUUCGAGAGCUCGAGGAGGAAACCGGCUACAAGGGCGACGUUGCUGAAUGCUCUCCAGCUGUAUGCAUGGAUCCAGGCUUGUCAAACUGUACCGCACACAUCGUGACCGUCACUAUCAAUGGAGAUGACGCUGAAAAUGUAAGGCCUAAGCCAAAGCCAGGGGAUGGAGAAUUUGUGGAAGUAAUUUCCUUACCAAAGAAUGACCUGCUGAAUAGACUUGAGGCUUCACCUCCACGUGGAACACGUGUGUCCCUGACAGUGGAGAGAACGCGUGAGUCAUCAUCGCUGGGUGGUUUAGAGCGGCAGAACCCUGCAGUGAGCCAUCCACGAGGUGAUGGAUGGAUCUGUGAACUUAAAAGCUUCGCUGUUUUCACAUUAAAAUCAUCACCUGGCUUUUGUGCUCUUCUGUCUUCUUUUUCUUGUUCCAACUUUUCCUUGUUCUUGUUUCAUGCUGGAGACAUAAUCCUGCUCUUACAUCCUGCAUUCUUCAGCUAGAGUAAGAUCCCUGAAGCAGAAAGUGUCUUGCUCAUCCCCGUUACCACAGCACCCAGCACAGGAACGGCACACAGUUCCUGAACGGCUGCUCAGUGAACGCUGGCUGACUGGGAAGGGGUGUUAUUAUCCGUUUUCGACUUGGUUAUCUGACUUAUGCUCUUCACCUC